CCAGGGUCCAUGGGUCCACGACCAGAUCACUCAGCGGCCCGACCGGUGAAGAUUCCGAGGAUUUUGCCGAAUCGAUCAAUCGCAGACAAGACUUUAAGGGAGAGUGAGAGCUAGGAGACCGAUGGAUCCAGCAGCGUUGCGCUCGCGGUGGAGCAAAUACUACUUCAGAGUACACUCGGCGGGUCGUCGCGGAUUCGCGGGUGCGUUUCAGGAUCCUUAAUCCAGGGCCUGGGCGCCUCUGAGCUGCCAUCCCCGCAGAUGGUGAGACCACGGCAGAUUACCCAUGCUACCAAGGGGUUCACCACGGAUCCUGGUCCCUUCAUCAACCAAGUUUCGCUGAAGAAGAUAUGGAAACUGCUAAGCGCCUUGCGAGGCAGAGAUAGGGGUGGGCGCGUAUAAAAGGGUCGGAAGGGAACCAAAGACGAUGAGUUUUCACUGCUGGUCGCCAGACGCUCAUUACAUUCAUUUUUCUCUUCAUUAAAAACACUCGUUAUACUUUUCAAGAUGCGGGCUGGAACUCGGCAUCUUCCGCUCUUUUUGUCGUGCCUCGAGCUGGCUCAGGCGUUUUUCAAGGUCCCCUGCAGCAACCCAUUGGUGGUUGAGCGGGCCGAUCCGAUUGUGAACCCUGGGCUUGUCGCGGGCCACGUCCAUACCAUUAUGGGUGGUUCGGGAUUCGGGUUCACCAUGGAUUACAACCAGACUCAGGAGUCGCAGUGCAGUUCUUGUGCGCCAAUCGCAGACAAGUCGAAUUACUGGAUUCCGUCGCUGUACUACCAGGCCGAGAACGGGAGCUUUACACCCGUUCCACAGAAUGGGGGAGCUCUGAUUUACUAUCUGUAAGGUCUCUUUAUUCGAAAUAGGUAGUAUACUAAUCUGAGCAGGCAACGCCCCGAACCUGGAAGUGAUACCGUCCGCGCCCCUCCGAAAGACCUGCGCAUGCUCGCCGGGAACCCCCUCGACCGCGAAUACAAAGAUACCCGGGAAGCCGAAGCCCGUAGCUACGCGUGCCUCGACUAUACUGGCGGAGCGAAGCCCGAAACAAAUGGUCUACCAAACUAUAACUGCCCCAAUGGCCUUCGCGGCCAGGUGUUCUUUCCCUCCUGUUGGGACGGGAAGAACUACGACAGCCCGGACCACAAGUCUCACAUGGCAUAUCCCAUCGAAGCCUACAACAGUGGUACAUGUCCAGAGUCGCACCCCGUCAAGAUCGUUUCGAUUUUCAUCGAAGUUAUCUGGCACACGGAGUACUUUGCCGAUAUGUGGUAUGGCGAUAGGCAGCCGUUUGUGUUUUCGAAUGGAGACCCGACUGAGUAUGGGUUGCACGGCGACUUUGUCAACGGCUGGGACAUUGAUAUCCUCCAAGAAGCCCUCGACACGUGCGACGACCUAAACGGCGACAUCAAGAACUGCGCCGCACUCACGCUCUACGAAGACUACAUGACCGAAGGCUGCCUGCUGGAAACCUCCAUCCCCGAACCCGUCUCCGGCUGGCUCCCCUCCCUCCCAGGCUGCAACGCCGUUCAAUCUGGUCCCGGGGACGCACAAGCAACCAAAAAUUGCACCACGGCGCCAACCGAAAUCGACAUCCCGCAACACUACUACACAGACGUAACCGCCUCUCUCGAAUGGGCCUGGAUCGGAUGCACACGCGACAACGUCGACGGGCAGCGCGUUCUCUCAGAGGCAAGCACCAGCGCCGACGACAUGACCGUGCAGAAAUGCAUUGCCUUCUGUGACGGCAAAGGGUAUACCUAUGCGGGGCUCGAGUAUUCGCGCGAGUGUUAUUGUGGGAGUAGUAUUUCGCCCGAGCACGAGCCGGCCGUUGCGCCGAUGGGCAAGUGCCUGCAUCCGUGCAGUGGGAAUCCGGGGCAGAAUUGUGGUGGAGCGGCGUAUAUCGGGGUUUACCAGGCUUGUGGGGAGAGUUGUGAGAAUUUGGUGUAUCCGGCUGUCCCUGUUUGAGCUCGAUCGCUUGAGGAUUGUGGGUUCUCGUGGAUGGUACUGGGAGUUGGGGUUGUUGGAAGCCUGGUCUCCCUUUCACUUCGAAAAGACGUUUAGCGCUGUACGUGUGGCCCUUUCCUUUAUAGGAAAGAGCCGUCCAGUGGUUUCUUCUUUCUUUUCUCUCCCUUAGCAGGUAGUUAGACCAAUGCGUCGUUUCUUUGUCAUGGCCUCUUCCAUCAGGGGUAUGGUCCGCAAAGAUUGAAAGGAAGAAGUUAUUUACCAGCAUGAUAGAAUCUUAUCGAGAUCUUGACUACUACCCUGGGACUGUUGCCGAUUGUGGAUUCAGGCUUUUCUGGUGGUUUAGGAAAGUUAACUCUCGAGAACCCGUGAAUAGGCUAUUCUGGAGAUAUGAAGUUGGGGAUGGAGU